AUGCCCCAGAACCGCCGCACCCCCGCCGACCUCGAUGCCCUGACCCUCCGCCAGCAGGCCGAGCUGCACGCCCCACCCCACCCCGCCAACAACAGAGGCUGGUGGGAGGACCCCCCCUCGCCACCGUCCCCGACCGGCCCAACAGGCACCGACACGCCCUGGUGGCCGUCAUGGCAUGCGCCCCUGCCGCGGCCGCUGUCGUGGGGCGCCGCAGACCUGGCCAUGACACCAAGACACCACGCCGACGACGAGCGCAUCAUGGCGUCGUUCCUGCGCGAGCGCGAGGCGCGCCUCGAGUCUGUGGACCACCUGCUCUCGUUUGCGGCGCCGCCGGAGGAGGAGGCGGACGCAGAGGCGGCGGCGGCGGAGGUGACGCUGCUGGGGACGGCGCAGCUGCUGGAGACGCUGGCGGGCGAGUUGGUGGCGGGAGGGGAGGCGGAGAGGGCGUGGGCGGGGGUGGAUGCGGCGCUGACGGCGCUGGUGGUGCUUGGGUGUGGAGGGGCCAGGGUGGGGGCUGUGGGUGUCGGCGCGUGUGUGCUGUGUUAUGCCACGGUGGCGAAUGUGGUGUUGAGGCCGUGUGGGCAUCUGGUGAUGUGUUUGGGCUGUGUGCUGCGUGAGAAGGUUGGUGGGAAGGGCGCGGGGAAGAGGCGGCAGGCGGUGUGUCCGGUGCCCGAGUGCGGGAAGGCGGUGGAGGAGACGGUGAAGACAUAUCGCGGUUAG